CACACACAUACAUACACACACACUCCAUCCUCUCUCGAUCUAAUUAGAGGGAGUGGUUUUUCAAUAACGCGCCGUGCGUCUCCGGCAGCCAGAGAGUUAAAUUGUCCAGGCUGUUGUUGAACGCACCAUUCAACUGGGCUGUGUCGCUAAGGGAAGACAGGCUGCUGAGGAGAAGCAACAGAUCCCCAGCUGGAAAACAAACGCACAUCUGGCACGAAAGCUGCGCCUGUGGUGGAUCAGCACGGAGCGGAGGAGAGCUCGUUUUCAGUGCGUGAUUAGACGCUCGUCUCUCAGCCUUCUGCCCUUUUUAUGUGUGGAGGAAAUAGAAAAAAGUUGUACGCCGUAGUCGCGUGUUUUCUUUUCAUGCAUAAAACCAGUACCCAGUGUGUUGAGAUAUUUUACGGUGCUCAGGGCUGAGUCCUCGGGUGUCACGGGGCCCAGCCGCCGUGCGUAAUUGGCUAAUUAGCUGCACCUGCAGUUUAUUAGCGUUCUGGUCCUCACCGACAGGAGACCGUGGAAACAUCUGGAGUUUGAGGCUGUGGAGACGUUCUGUGAUUUUACUUGACGACAUUUGAAAGGCACCGCUCUGUGGUUUGUCACGGCACCAGACUGAGUUUGGUAACAGGUGGUUUUGUAUUGAGCGUCUGACUGUGGCGCUGUCUGGACCACUGCUGCUCGAUUCCGUGGAUACAUGAGCCACAGAGACCGUUAUAAAGAGCAGGGUCUGAAAUGAGGGCCCACUUUGCCCUGAUUUUCUGAUCUCUGAGUGAACACCAGUUCUGAAACGGAGGGGCGAACCGCCAGAAGAGCCCAGCCUCCCAAUGAUAAGCUCGGUGUGUGUCUCCUCUUACAGAGGGCGCAAAUCAGGCAACAAACCUCCGUCUAAAUCAUGUCUGAAGGAGGAGAUGACCAGGGGGGAAGACUCGGACAAAAUUAUCAUCAACGUGGGCGGCACUCGACACGAAACCUACAAGAGCACCCUCAGAACCCUGCCGGGGACGCGCCCCGCCGCCCCGCCCCCGCCGCUCAGUGGCUCGGACGUGGACGCUGCGCCCCCGAGUGUCACCGAGUUCUUCUUUGACAGACACCCGGGCAUCUUCGCCUACGUGCUCAACUACUACCGGACCGGGAAACUGCAUUGCCCGGCAGACGUCUGCGGGCCACUCUUCGAGGAGGAGCUGGCUUUCUGGGGGAUAGACGAGACCGACGUGGAGCCGUGCUGCUGGAUGACCUACAGGCAGCACCGGGAUGCCGAGGAGGCUCUGGAUGUAUUUCAACCGCCGGAACCUGACGACACCGACGAUGAUCGAGAGAUGGCGAGACGGUUCGGCAUCGAGGACUGUCCAGAUAGGUCCAGAGGCUGUUGUGAAGUUUGGCAACCGAAGAUAUGGGCCUUGUUUGAUGACCCGUACUCCUCCAGAGCAGCCCGGGGCGUUGCUUUUGCCUCUCUCUUCUUCAUCCUCGUCUCCAUCACCACCUUCUGCCUGGAGACCCAUCAGGCCUUCAACGUGCUGCAGAACCGCACGGAGCUGGUCGUCGUGGGCAACGUCACACAAGAAGUGCAGCGAUGGGAGAUGGUGACCAAGCCUGUCCUCGUCCUGGUAGAAGGUGUCUGCGUGGUCUGGUUCACGCUCGAGUUCUUGGCACGCAUCGUCUGCUGCCCCGACAAGGUGGUCUUCAUCAGAAACUCCCUGAACAUCAUUGACUUUGUGGCCAUCCUGCCCUUCUACCUGGAGGUGGGUCUGAGUAGUCUCUCAUCUAAAGCCGCCAGCGACGUGCUGGGCUUCCUUCGAGUGGUGCGCUUCGUUAGGAUCCUCCGGAUCUUCAAACUCACGCGGCACUUUGUGGGCAUGCGAGUGCUGGGCCACACGCUGAGGGCCAGCGUCAAUGAAUUCCUCCUGCUCGUCAUCUUCUUGGCUCUGGGCGUGCUCAUCUUCGCCACCAUGAUUUACUACGCUGAGCGUAUCGGUGCCAUGCCCGACGACCCCACCGGCUCCAACCACACACACUUUAAGAACAUUCCCAUCAGCUUCUGGUGGGCAGUGGUCACCAUGACCACGCUGGGCUACGGAGACAUGUACCCCAAGACGUGGCUGGGCAUGAUGGUGGGGGCGCUGUGUGCACUGGCUGGAGUUCUGACCAUCGCCAUGCCAGUGCCCGUCAUCGUCAAUAAUUUUGGGAUGUACUACUCCCUGGCUAUGGCCAGACAGAAACUGCCCAAGAAGAAGAAGAAGCACAACCCAAAUCCUGACGCUCCGACUGAUUCAAUUUCAUUCGGAAAGUCAGAAACAAACUCGCACAGAGACAGCACGCAGAGUGACACGUGUCCACUGGCGUCUGAGGAGAAUACCAGCAGAAAACGUUCAGAUUCCAAACAAAACGGAGAUGCAAAUGUAGCCCUUUCAGAGGAGGAAGGCUGCAGCCUGACCCAGCCUCUCUCCCCCAGUGAGAAGUGGUCUCUCAGAGUCACCAGAGGCAGAGACAAGAGCAAGAAGGAGGGCACCUGCUUCCUCCUCACCUCAGGAGACCCCGGUGUCCACACAGACAGCUGUAAUGACAUCCUAGCUGCCACUGGAAACUACACUCAGCCUGAGGUCACCACGCUGACCUGAUGACGAUCAGUCCACCCCGCGCAGAGCUCCACCUCCGUCCCCUGCUUUUCUUUCCGUCCUCAGUGAACUGCAGAAGUGACUCUUUGUAUUCUGGACCAGUUGUCCUCCACAUCCAGGAACCCUGUGGAAAAUCUGCCGCAAAAGCAGAGUCAUCGAAACAACUCUCAUCUACAUGUCCCGGAGCGUUUUGCAUGUACUGCAUGAUCUGCUGUUGUCAAACGUACUGGACAGUAUGAUUUGGUGGACAUGUCCUUGGUUGUCUUUAUGGGCCUUAGAGUGUGUUUCCCAGUGGGCUCCUGUCUGAACGUUUCUGUCGGUGGUUGUUGGACACAGAUGAUAAAACAGGGUUUAAUCAGACAAAUCAGGAUUCGAUCACUCAGUCAGAGUCAGUCAGUCAUCAACUCAUGGACUCAUCCGCCUGUGGACUCACUGGUUACCAACACGUCUCCUGGCAUCUCUUACAGGUAACGGAGCGUCUGGAUACGACAGCACGUCAGUUACAGUGAAUCCAAUCAUAUUUAACACAGUGUCAUAAUUCAUUAGCAGCUACUUACAGGCGGCUGCCCAACCCUAACAUGACUGUAGCCAACCGUCACUCAUUCAUAAACGGUGUCCGUUUUCUGUUAUGCUUCUUUUUUUUUUUUUUUUUUUUUUAGCCAUCUGGACCAAAAACUCUAGUUUUUCUUGUGUUUUUGUUGCUCAGCAAUUUAGCCAACAAGCUUACGGUCUACAUGAACCAACUCAACAAACACCUGUGCUGUCUGUCGUCCUCAGAGAUAUGUUUGAAGCCAUCUCAGCAUUUCCAGUCUUUUUUCUGGGCUUCACUGCCGUCUACCGAAAAUUAGGUUAGGUCCAUUCUUUUUAUAAAUGAUCUAUGGUCAGAUUUGACGGAACCACACAGACACUGGACAACUGGUUUAUUUAAAGAAUUGCAGCUGUAAGCCUCUACAGAAACAAACCUCCGCCAUCAUUAGCUCUCAUGUCCACAAAUGUCGCUGAACGUCACGUGCUAAACACUCAGACACUUGUGAAUAUGAGUUUAUACAGUAAACUACUGUGACUGUGAACUAGGAUUAGAUGAAAACUUGAAAUCGUUGUGGGAUCCUGAUCCACCACACACGCUUCAGAGUUCUUUGUUCGUCGCCCGCUCUCUGCCUUCUGUCGUGCCACUGCCUUUUUUUACACAGAGUCCAAGGGACAACGUGCAGAUUGUGAAAUGGUUGAGACAUCAGUGUGGUCUGAACUGCAGCUCAGGCCACACCAGGUUUGGAAAUUCUUGAACUAUAUGAGAAUUUAACAAAAACAACUAAAAACAAAAACAGGUUCAUGGAUCAGUAUUACUGGACAUUAGGUGUAUGCAAUCGAUGCAUUAUUACAGGGUGAGUCAGGUCCAAAUGUUGACUCUGUAGGGUUGUGCAGUAGGUUUACACUACAGUUGUUAUUAAAAAUAAAAUGCAGUUCAACUCCGUCAGUUCCACUCGUGCCUCCUGUGAGAAAGUGUGCAGUACCGUUGGUAGAUUUGUUCCUUAACACUUUGUGAUUGUGUCGUAUGUAGAAACCCAGUGUCUGUCUUCACUCUUGAACUAUUACUGUAUACGUCGCCGGUGGUCUACCAUAGUGGCCUUAUGUUUAAUGAACAAAGGAAGCUUCGUUCUGUCGUCAGUACUCUCUCCGUUCCUAUGAUGACCCACAGUUUUGUAACUAUGUAUAAGCACAGUUUUUGUUCUUUUUGCAUAUGUAGCAGAGUUGAAUAUUCUGGAUUAUUCCUUCAGUUCCCCCUGUCUGUAUGACAUGUACUGUAUAUGCACCAUUAAAUAGCUGUUAACCAAUAAGGACAGAGCAUUAUUUUGAUAAUCGAUCUUUUUAGCCUCGUUGUCCUCUGUUGUACAUAGAAAUGGAACGCCAUGGAGAAGCAUUUGUUUCAGUCAAAUCUU